UUUUAAUUAAUGCAUUAUCGCCCUUGCUUUCGUCCUGUAAAACAGAAAGGAAUAUAUUUGAUCCAGAUUGUUAAAGGUUGUUGUGAGACUAAUUCAGUUUAAGCGGAAUGAUUUUUAUGUCAGAUAAUAAUAAAACAGUAUGAAAUUUACAGAAACCUCGAAAGAUGGCGGGAGACUUACUUAUGGAUAAUACUUUUGAUUUUGAUAAUUUUGGACUGAAAUUCUCGGCUAAAUAUAAAUUCCCUCAAUUAUGUACAAAAUGUGGUCAGUACAGUGGAGAAAGACACAAGUAUUGUCUUGUAUGUGUAGACAAGAUGAGAAGACAUCCGUCAUCAGAUAAAAUGCAAGAUGAUUCUUUUGUUGGUAUUUUUAGUUCAAGAACACCACGAAAAAGGCCACCUCAAAGUUUCCGUUUUGGUCACACUUUAGCCUACAAUUUAUGUACAGUUUGCAAGUCCGAUGAAAAGCAGUUUCAUUCCACUUUAUGCUUGAAGUGUGAUGCCAACAGGAGAGAAUUAUCAAAAAGUAGAGACACCUCAUACUCGCUACAUUCAUUUGGAAGUGAGGAUUUGGUUUUUGCUCUCAGCCAAAGUUCGUCUUCUUUAGUAGGUUUUGGAAAGAAACCUGAUGUGAAGUGUAUAGUGUGUCGAAAGAAUGUCAUUUUAGAACAAAAUGGAAUGUUGUGUCAAAAGUGUUUAGCAAAAUCGAAGAAUCAUGCGCCUGUUGGUCGAUUUUCCAAGGAGAUUGAUCGAAUAACAAAGGAAGCGGUAUCCGUGAAGGAAGAAUUCCUUAAUAUGGAACCAGUUCGUGGGAGCAUUCAGUGGGAAAUAUCGUUCAAUGCUCGGAGGGAAUCAUUGAAACAUCUCCUGAACAGUAUAGUUAUAAUGCGGUCUAAAAACAAGGAAGAAAAGAAUAAACAAGAUGAUGCUAUUUAUUAUAUUAAAACUCUGAUUGAAGAAUGUACUAUACAUUUUGAAAAGUUUCGAUUUCGUGUAGACAAAACAGGAAGUGCAUUCGCGUAUCAUAGGCCUUGAAGUUUAUUCAAUAAAAACCAAACUCAACUACACAAUGUAAUCUUCAAAAGAUGUAAAAUGCAAUAAUAACUUUGUAACUAAUUAUAUGUAUAAUAUAUUUGAUACUUUUAUGUUUAUGUUAUAUAUUAAUUGUUAGCAAUGUUUACAUUAAACUAAUGACACUGUA